AUGGCUGAGUUCACAGAACUAUUCCCAAUGGGAAAACAGCUAGAUGAAUUGAAGUAUGUGUAUCAAUACAUCUUCACAAUUAAUUUUCAAAGUAUAUUGGUUGUUUGUGUCAUAGUCACAUUGUUCUUCUUCAUAUUCUACCAAAUAUUCCAUGGCAUGUUCUUUUGGUUCUUGGAACUACGGUUGAAUAACGAGUUGCUUGAUCUCGAAGGAGCAAAUUAUCUAACGUCCGGAGCUGCACCCAGUAAUAACCAUGUUACCCUCUUCGAAGUUCUCAUCCAUACCAAUAGUUGGAAUAUGGCAGAUAUCUUAGAGGAAGGUGAUUUCGACAAGGAUAGAGGACCAAAGCUUAGAGCGUUGAUGAAAUUGCCCCCAUUGGUGAGAUAUGGAAUGCAUGGUACAACAAAAAAUAAUGACUGUCCCAUUUGCUUGGAAGAUUUUAAUGCUGGCCAAUUUUGCCAAAUAUUUCCAUCUUGCAAACACAUGUAUCAUUCAAAUUGUAUAGAUAGUUGGUUGAAGAAGAAGCUAACAUGCCCAGUUUGUCGUAGUUGUAUUGUGUCAAGAUGA